GCGGCGCGGCGGGGGGGGCAGGGCGCAGCGCGGGACGAUGCGGACGAGGAUGAACCGGGGACAGCGACCGGAGCGGGGCCGGGGGGAGCCGGGACCACCCAGAAAGGCAUCCAGGAGAAAGUGUGUCCUCGCCGACCACCACACCUGAGAGUAGCCCGUGCCGGGCCCGACGUGACAAUGGCGGCCGAAGGGCUGUGGGGGCCGGGUGGCCCCCCCGGCUGGGAGCUGGACGGGUGGUACCAGGACCUGCAGGAGGUGCUGGCGGCGGAGCCCCCCGGAACCGCCCCCACCUGGGGGCCUGAGCAGGUGGAACCGGCCCCGGGGGGCUGCGGGCUGGACCUGGCUCUGGCCGAGGAGCUGCUGGCGCUGCUGGGGCCGGAGGGAGCGGCUCCAGCGGAACCCCCGGGCGCGGCCCCCGGCGGGAGCGGCCUGGCCCGGCCGGGCCCCGCCGAGGAGGGGGAGGAGGAGGAGGCGGAGGCGCGGGGGGCGCGGAGGAAGCGGCGCGGCGGCCCCGGAGCUCCGCGGGAGCGGGACGGGGAGCGGCGGCAGCGGGACGGGGAGCGGCGGGUGCGGGAGCUGACGGCGCACAACGAGCGGCUCCGUGCGGAGAUCCAGCGGCUCAGCGCGGAGGUGCAGCGCACCCGGGCCGCGCUCAUCGACCGCAUCGUCAACCUGCGCCAGGUGUAGCGGCUGCCCCGGGCCGGGCCGGAGCGAGCACAUCGUCAGGCUGUGCCGGGGGAAGGUGACCCCGCAGCUGGGGACAAGGACUCUGCUGCCCCACGGACUGGGGUGGGGCAGCCCUAUGGCUGACGGACACUGCGGACAGACGAGUGGAUGCAGCUUCUCCGUGCCAUUGUACAGCUCUUGUUCAUUUAUUGCACGCAUCUAACCACAA